CUCUGUCUUUGUGUUGUCGCUCGCCGGGUUCUCCAGACCGUGAAGACCCGCCCCUCCCUCUGCUUCAUCACGUCCACUCUCCACCUGCUGCUGGCUGGAUGUUGACGACUGUCAGCAGGUAGACAGACAGACGGAGGGGCAGGCAGGAGCAGCAGCUGCUGAGAGCCAUCAUGAAGCUGGUUUUGCUCCUCCUGCUGGUGAUGGAGGCGUCCUGCAGGUCUCACAGCUCUGGGUGUGAGAAGGGCUGUGACUGUCGUGGAGACCUCAAGUUCACCAUAUGCUCAAGGGCUUCCUUCGCACGGAUCCCCAGCCGAGUGCCUCCCAUCACUGAACUCCUCGACCUGUCUGACAACUGGAUCUCCAUCAUCCCCGAGCGCAGCUUCAACACCACCCGCAAACUGCGGGUACUCCUGCUGCAGAACAACAACAUCAGCGUGGUGGAGGAUGGUGCCUUCUCACAGCUGGAGUUCCUCCAGAAGCUGGAUCUGAGCUGGAACCAGAUCACCACUCUCUCUGAGGGAUUCUCCAUUGGCCUAGCCUCACUGCGGGAGCUGCAGCUGUCCCACAACCGACUGACCACCCUGGACAGCCGGACCUUCCGGCACCUGGACAGCAUCCAGCGAUUAAACCUGACCAACAACAGCAUCCAGACCAUUCAGAUGAGGUCGUUCUCCUCAAUGAGCCUCCUCCGACAGCUCCACCUGCAGGACAACCAGCUGACGUCUCUGAGGAGUGGCACUUUCUCCAUGCUUCGCUCCCUCGAAGUCCUCAACCUGGCCGGAAACCAGAUCAGUGAGGCGGAGACUGGUGUCUUCAAGCCACUUGCCAGCUUGACGUUACUCAACAUUGCCAACAACCAGCUGACCACCAUCUGCUUCAAGACUUUCCUGAGCAUCCACACCUACAGCACCCACCUCCUGCUGGAGGGGAACCCCUGGAACUGCGACUGUGACCUGCAGAGAGUUUUCCGGAAGCUGCGCAGCAUCCAGCGGCUCUUCCUGGAUGACUACUACAACCUGACAUGCAGUUCGCCACCUGACCUCCAGGGCUACCUUCUGAUAAACGUGGAUGACGAGCUGUGCAUUGCUGAGACGGUCACUGUGCUCAUCAUAACCAUCACCGUCAUCAUCACCCUGCUGGCUGCCAUGCUGAUGGGUGAGAGAAAGAGGAGGAGGAGGAAGAGAAGGGAUUCCACUGGACGCAGCAGGGAGACUUUUCAGACGAGUCAGACUACUGAAGCAACUUCUGUUUCUGACUUAAAUAUAUCACAUUUUCUUUUCUCGCGCUGUAGUCUGGUAGUAUUUUCAACCAAGAGUGCUCAUAACUAGACUAGAAGUGGAGUUAAAAAAGUCCAGAUAGAAGCCUCAGUGAGAUUAAAAACCUGUAUUUCAAAAGUGACUUGGCCAAGAAGGCAGCAGAGAUUGUAUCCAUCCAUCCAUCCAUCCAUCCAUCCAUCCAUCCAUCCGUCCAUUCAUUGCAUUCUACUUAUGUGAAGCUGGGUUGUGGUCACAACAAAUCUGGAUCUGUGCUCUGGAUCUCCUGAAAUUUUAACUUACAUAUUUCAGAUGAGAAAACAAAUCUUAAUUUUAGACAAAGAAAGCCUGAGUAGAUAUAAAAUGCUGUUUUUAACUGAGGAUUUCAAGGCAUGAACUGAUGGUCGGACAUCCUCCUUCAGAAUUUUCUGGUAGAGAGCAGAAUUGUGGUUCCAUCAGUUACAGCAAGUCGUCCUGAGGCAGCAAAGCAACUCCAGACCAUCACACUACCACCACCAUGUUUGACUGUUGCUAUGAUGCUGUUUUUAUGAAAUGCUGUGUAGGUUUGUUUUUGUUCUUUUUGUAACCCUUUCCGGACUGAUAGAUGUCAGUGACUUUGAUUGUCAGCUGUUUCUUUAGAUCAUGACAUAAUGUGUUUCUUUUUGAGAAUAUUGAAAUCAGGUUCUAUUUUAUUUUCUUGAUUCAACAGGUGUGGUCGUAAUCAGGUCCGGGUGUAACUAGUGACAUUGAAUUCAGCCUUCCAAAAAAAUGUGGUUACUCAGAGUCAACUUGGGUGUGGGGGGGUAGAUGCUCAUACUUGGGUUAUCUUUGUCUAUUAUUUAAAUGUAUUUGAUGAUCUGAAACAAGUAAGUUUUCCAACAUGUUCUGGAUCUUCCCCACGGUCUCCUCCCAGCUUUGGAGGGUUUCCUCCCAGAAAAACUCCCAAAACGCCCUUUAAAGCAUGUCUGUUAUGACUGAAGGGAAGGUUGCUGAUUACACAUGUAUACACACAGAUAAGAGGGAACCAGCUCAAGGAUAGAUUUAUACAAAAACCAGCCAGUGGGUAAGCCUGCAGACACACAGAGAACAUAAGUGAUUUCCACAACCAUUUAGCAAUUGUAAGUACUGAACAGCCAUUAUCUGCUGAGAUUAGCAAACCCAUGUGUUUAUCCAUUCAGUUAGCUUAUAAUAGAUCAUUGCAUUAAAAUGCUCCAAAAGGCACCAACAGCAUAAGCACAAUCGAAAGGUCCAGUUGACUGACAGCUAUUUUAGGGAUAUUCCAUUACAGUCUAUCUUUUCUGCAGCAGUUUCAAGAGCAUGAAAGGCUAGACAAAAUUGUCCUCAAUCUCCUGUUGCUGGAGCUUUCAUAGGACUUCACCAAGCAAAACCCAUUUUUUUCUACUACUGUUGUUGUAGUGGCUGAUAGUGGCUGUGGGUCACAAGGUAGAGUGGGCUAACAGCUAAUCAUGAAGGUUGCCCGUUCCAUACACAGUUCCUGUAGUCUGCAUGUUGAAGUAGAUGUCGGGUAAGAUGCUGAACUCUGAAGUGCACCUAUUUGACUGUUAGCUUAGCGCAUGUGUGAAUGCAUGAAUGAGGCUUUCACUAAGAAAACACUUUGACUGCCCAAAUAGAGUAGAAAAGCACUAUAUAAGUACCAGUCAAUCAACCUUUCUUCAAAGAGGCAUGUCCUUUGCCAUUUGUUUAGUUGCACUAAAUUUCCAAUAGGCAACUUGAGACAUCCUCCAGACAACCUGUUGGUUGUUGCCUUCAUUCCCAUCAGCUCAGAUGGUAAAUGGACUGGUAGUCAUAUACUGCUUUCCUACUCUAGUUAAGCACUCAAAGUGUUUUCUUACCACAAGCCUCGUUCACCACACCACCCACACAGUCAUACAGGUGCUUUUUUCUAUGCCUAAGCACCUUGUCUAACAUUUGCACACACACUCUCACUCCAAUGGUUGCAGCUGCUGGCUGUAAGGUGCACAUGCGGGGGUCUUUAUGUGUGCUGGGGUAAUAGUGGGCCCCUGAAUUAGUUGGAAGUCAGAAAUUCCAAGUUCCUAAUUGGAAAUUUUUUGAGGAACACUCAACUUGGAUUUCCCACUCAGAAAGUUGGAGCAGACCAACAUCCUCCGAGUAAGCAAUCAGAGAUGGCUCCCUUCCAAGUACUAACCAGGCCUGACCCUGUUUAGCUUCCGAGAUCAGAUGAAAUCAGGCGUGCUCACAGUGGUAUGGCCUUAAGUUUAGUAUGGCCAUUAGCCAAAGAAAAAAGAAGCAAUUAUAGAUGGCGGCACUGAACGUAAACAGUAGUUAAGCUGUAAACCUUUCAUCUGUACUGCCACUGUAUUUUUAGCUCAUUAAAUAAGCUGUAUCUAAGUAUAUAGUGACGUAUUUUUAGUGAUAUCUGAAUGGCAAAGAACCAAAACAACAGAAACUAGCUUCAUAUGGAACAUCGCUCCCGAGUUCCGAGGUAUCAGGAAUAUAGUCAGGGGCCACCUGGAGUUAACAGUAGAUGAAGGUAGCCUCAUUCUGUCUGGAUGCAGUUCCUAAAAUUGUGCCCUGCACACUUCAGCAGUGGUUUUGUGUGUUCAGCACGUGAGACUGAUGCUUGUUCUGGGUCCAAAUCCCUCUCCUGCAGUUCUGUUUUCCCAUCACCUCCACCUCCAUUCAUCCAAUCACAUUUAAAGUUCAAGGAACCCCUUGUAAAAAAAAACAGAAAACAAAAAACCAAACCACUUCUUAAAAAGCUGUAGUGAAUGUGUGUCGUUUGUUCUUUAAAUCAAUAAUCAUGAGUGUGUAUGACUACAGCUCCUCAGGUACAGAUUUUUACUGCUCUGAAAAUGACUGUGUGACAUGAGACGUUAUUUACUUCAAGCGGCUGGGUGGAGUGUGUGGUUUCCUGGUGAUGUAACUUUAUGAUGCCUUCCAGGAACUCUCAUUGCUCUUGUAUUUAAAGCCAGCAGUCCUCACCCACCUGUCUGUACACCUUUGUUAAAUACGGCAUGAAUUAUGCUCUUCUGUAUUUGCUCUGUUUGUUCUGUAAAGCAAAGAAGGUGUACAAAUAAACUCCU